UCAAGUCUUCCGCACCGCCGGGCGCGACCACCACCCCGAAAAACGGCCGUUUCGCUUGGCCACCUUGGCUUCGCUUCGGGCGAUGGACGUGCUGAGCUCGAUUGAUGAGUUGGGCAGCGAUCUGGAAGAGGACAUGCCCGAGCCGCCCAAGGCUUCCUCUGCACCGCAGCCAGGGUGGUGCCUUCAAACUGGCACGGACUCUGUGGUGGCCCAGUUGGCGGAGAUCCUCCGUCGCUUGGAUGACGUGGCCACGGGCGCGCGCCUCGAAGAGGUCAUCGAUCGCAUGGACUCCAACUCCGCGCUGCUGAGGGAAGCGCUACGGAACACGAAGAGUCCUCGCUUCAAAGGGACCUUAGACACCUUUGAGACCUUUGAUACCUCCAAGUCAUCCAACAAUGAAAGCCCUAACUGCAACCAGGCCGUGGUGCACAAGCAGGCCUCGGACCAGUCCUCCUUGUCCCGGGUCCGUGUGAAGCCGAAGAAGAAGAUCUCGAUGCACUCGGCGGGCACGGGACUGUUCACCACCUUCACGGAGGCGGACCUGGCGCUCCGUGCGCGGGCGCAGGCCGAGGACUCGCGGAUCACGCGGCAGCGCUACGCGGACCACGAGCUGCAGCACAGCGUGGAUCAGGAAGCACCACCCACUCGGCUACAAGACUUUGUGCGACAUCCAGCCUUUGAUGGCUUCUUUGCCAUGAUCGUCCUCAUCAAUUGCUUCUUCAUCGCCUUUGAAGUUCAGGAGAGCAUUUGGAACGAUGCACCACAGUCCGUCUUCUUGACUGCCACCCAAUACGCCUUCUCUGCGAUCUUCACCAUUGAGCUCAUCUUGCGCUUUGCGGCCUUUGGUUGUUCGCUCUUCUGCUCGGACGAAUGGUCUUGGAUCUGCUUGGACACGUUGAUCGUCUUGACCUCCCUGGUGGAAGUCGUGGGGAAUGUGGCUGUGGCGAUCACCCAGGAUGAGGCCCUGGCGAACAGCGUCUUGAACAUUUCAGGCUUCAAAGCUUUUCGCAUCAUCCGGGUGACCCGGAUCCUGAAGACCUUGCGCUUGGUGCGGGUCUUCCGCUUUGUGAUGGCCUUGCGCACGCUGGUCACUUCCAUCGUCUACACCUUGCGAUCCCUGUUCUGGGCGAUGGCAUUGCUUUUGCUCAUCGUCUUUGUCUUUGCCGUGUUGCUUGUUGAAGCAGUGAGCGACUAUGUGCAGAACAAUCCCGGUGUGUUGCCAUUUGAGGAGAAUGAGGCUGUGACGAGGUACUUUGCUUCUUUACCUCACACCAUGCUGACUCUCUUCAUGAGUAUCUCAGGUGGCGUCAGCUGGGAAGAGGUCAUUGCGCCUUUGAGGAUCAUCUCCUACCUCUGGGUCUUUGUCUAUGUGGGCUACAUAUCGUUCACUUACUUCGCGGUGCUCAAUGUUGUCACAGGAGUCUUUUGUCAAUCUGCCAUCGACAGUGCGCAGAACGACCACGCAAACGUGGUUCAGUCCAUGCUGGCGAACAAGGAGGCACAUGUGGAGAAGAUCAAGCAGCUGUUCAGCCGGUUGGGUGCCGACAAGACAGGGGUUAUCACCUACGGCAUGUUCGAAGAAGGCCUUCAAAGUCCAGCGGUGACCGAAUACUUCGACACCCUUGGCUUGGACGUGUGGGAUGCAUGGUCCUUCUUCAAGUUGCUGGACCUGGACGCGGGCGGCUCCGUUGAGAUCGAGGAAUUUUUUAAAGGUUGCUUGAGGCUGCGGGGCCAAGCCCGAGGAGUGGACUUGGGGAAGUUGCUCCAUGACCAGCGUUGGCUGAUCAAAGCUCAGGGGCGAUUCCAGAGUUACGUGGAGGUGAAGCUUCGAGAGAUGACCGAGGUCCUGGAUGAAAUCAACACGCGGAAAGGACACCGCCAAGGUCCUGGGGAGAAACUGGACCUGCCCAAGUCGAACUUCAUGCGCGGCAUCUCCCCACUCUCGGCGGAUGACCGAAUUCUCUAAGGCGCAACGAAGGCACCGGGCCAUGCGCCAUGCACCGCGGCGCGGGCGCGUGCGCCGCGGCGCGUCGAACUCUGCGGGGCGGUCUCCGACAAGGUCGGACCGAGUGAAACGGUGAGCGCCUUCCAUUGCGAGCCUUUGCGCCUUCGGAGAAGGUGGCUCGGACGUGAUGCUUCGUUUGAUUUGUCGG